UAUGGUUAUAAAACCCCAAAGCCACCCUAAUGGAUUUAGUAGGAAUGUACCAAAAAAUUCCAGUAAACUUAGAGGAGGAUAUCCAGUUUUAAGAAGUGCUCCACCUACAACAAUAUCUAGGGGAGAAGCCAAAAGAUUAAUUAGUGUUGCUACUCGGCUCAUCGUUGCCAGCGAAAAAACUCAAGACAUGGACGAAGCAGAGAACAAACCGGAGAGUAUCGCUGACAAAAAGAAAUCGGAACAAAAAAUGAAAUACGCUUAUGAUAUUCAUGGACGGAAAUAUUUAAUAAAAGAGAAAUCGCCUGAUGAGAAAGAUUCCCGAUCCAAGAGUCAACAUAGUAGUUACUCAAGUUUCGACGAUCAAAACAAAAAUAGAAGACCACGGUCUGCAUACCCUCCAAGACCUCCUCCAGAAAAUAGGUCAAUUGAAAGACCUGCGUCUUCUGCGUCAUAUGACAGAAGUGAUAGUGAGUCCGACUCGAAUUCAUCGAUAACUUCUAAAGCGACUGAGAGCAGAAGCGCCUAUUCUGGCUCAAGCUAUUCCUUAACCUCUAAUGCGUCAUCCUCAGACUCAAAACAUUCUUCUAAGCGAGACGGAAGUAUUGGAAACGAAUAUUCCUCUCCUGAAUUAUCGGAAGAAAUGAAAGGAGAACGCAAGGCAAAAGCAACAACAACAACAACAACAACAACGGAGACACAAACAACUACCGAGCUCAUUAAUGACUACGAUCCUAUUGAACAAGAUGUUGAUCCAAACGCAGAGAAGGUGUUAUACAGAAUUGAGGUUGAAACAUCACCAAUAGUAGGAUCAGGAACAAACGCUCCUAUCAAACUAGUCCUUCAUGGUGAAAACGGAAAAACAAAACCAAUCCAACUAACAAGUUUAACACGUGGCCCGCUUUUCAAGCAGGGACAGAAGGAUGAAUUAGAAUUCGAAGCGCCCAAUGUUGGACAUAUUAUUAAAAUAGGAAUAGGACAUGACAGCACAAAACCAGGUGCGGAAUGGCAAUUAGAAAACGUUCUAAUUCAAAAUAUGAAAUUAGAGACUCAGUAUAAAGUGGAAAAUAAUUGUUGGUUGUCCGCAAAACACAAUGAUAAAAAAACCUACAGAAAAUUAUAUGUAACUUCCCGCAUACCCUUUAUUUCAGCAAGAAACGAGAGCACUACCGAAGAUGCCACAACUAAUAGAACAAUAGAUGAUCAAGUCGAACCUGUAGAAGCACCUCUUGAUGAACAAUCUUCGACAGAGAGGUCAAAUUGUCCAUCAGCUACCGAUUCAAAAACUGAUAGCAAUACCACUUCCUCUCAAGAAUCAAAUUACCAAAAGUUUAAAAGAGUAGAGUCUAACAACGUUCGAGUUAUUCCAAUUGAAUUUAAGGACGACUCUAAAAAAGAUGAAAAGUCUACGGGCGUAGAACCUAUGGAAAAUUCUACUACCUCUUCUGCCUCUAAGUCAGAUACCAACGACAAACUUGCAACAAAUUCAAAAGUUUCAUCUCAGGAUACUAAUAGUUCUACAGCAGUAACUGAGACCGACGAAACGGAUGGUACAACGGUGGCUGUAACAACAACGACACUAGGAAGUAAUCGUAAUAGAGUUGCUCAACAACCUUCCGAAGAUGAAGGAGAAAGUACAAUCCCAGAUAGCGCUGACGAUAUCUUAAAUCAGCCUUCAAUACAUUCUGCAAUAAGAGAUAAAAAUGUAGAUUUAGUAACAAGAUGGAUUAAACACGAUUCAGAAACAUUGCACUUGACAGAUGAGAAAGGAAAAACGCCCAUAAUGAUUGCAGCAGAGAUAGGACAUGAAAACAUCACCAAGUUUCUCCUUGAAAAUAAUGCAGAUGUUGAGAAGGAUUCACCAACCGGUUACAGACCUGUUCAUUUAGCUGUAAUAAAUGGCCAUACAAAUAUCUUGAAGCUCCUGUUUCAAAAAGACGCCUCCUUCACAGGAACAACUUUGGGAGAGAAUCAAACAGUCUUACACUUAGCUGCAAAACACGGACACUUUAAUUGCGUAAAAUGGCUUGUACAGCAGGAGAAAACUCUGUUAAAUUGUAAAGAUAGUAAUGAUAGAACUGCUGCAGACGUUGCAGCGGAAUAUGGUCAUAAUGACAUUAAAAAGUAUUUACAAGCAGCAGAUCCAGACAGAGAAAAUGAAGAUAAAUUAUCGACAAUAAAAGAGAGUGAUUCAGAGAACGAUACAGGCUCAAGCUCUUCAGAUGCAGAUUCAGAUUCAGAUUCAGAUACAGAUUCAAAUCAAUCAUCAAAGGAUACAACAACAGUCUCAGAAUCCUUGGAUACACGUUGGAAGAAAGAAAACAAUGAUAUGAUGGAAAAGAAACACGCUUAUGAUAAACAACAAGAAAGUAUGAAAGAGAAAAAUCAGAGUUUUAUGGAUGCUAUUCGUCAAGAUGUUGAUUAA